ACGCCCCUCAUGUGUUCCCAAGUCCCGGAUGAAUGACCUGGCUUGAAGGACAACAUGGCGACUGCUGGCUAGGAAAGUUUGUCAAGAAAACUUUCUUUGAAUGUUUAGGCUGUUAUUUGCCACCACUGAAACUUAUAUCUGCUGAUACUUAACAACUAAAGCAUCUUAAAGACAGGUGCCAAACAGGUGAUUAUGAAUAUGAAUCUGUACUUGGCAGCCACCUUCAUCAGAGACGCACAGUACGGCAGGAAUGGGCAGUUUGAGACAGACGAGAACUCCGUAAAGCUGUACAACCUUUAUACCCACUGGCUGCCCAAGGUGGUGGCAUACUUCUUCAUCCUCCUCCUGCUGUCCCUGGCUAUCUUUGAGAAGCCUGCUGUACCUGGCCUGGAGAUUGAGUACUAUGUAACCAUGCCCAUGGAGGUGAUCUGUCUGAUUGUGAUUGGCAGCAGGCUGUUCCAUCUAAAGCUCUUCUCCCCUGGGAAGACCUUUUACUCAGACAAGAAGAAUCUGGUUGUCAUGGCAACCAUGGUUGUAGUGGUGAUAGACAUGAUCUCCUACAUAGCGUUGGUCAAUUCUGGCCAAGCUAUGUAUGCCUACCGCUGGUCCCGCCCACUGCGCCCAUUACUCCUGGUCAACAUAAAGGAGGGCAGACAGAUUCGUCGAGCUUUUCGGAACAUCCGCCGUACCCUGCCUGACAUCUUGAAUGUCCUAGUCCUGUUCUUCCUCAGUAUUGCGCUUUUUGCUCUGAUGGCUCUGAAAAUCUUUGAGAGAAGACCAGAGUUGAGACUGUAUACUGACAACAGCCCGUACUUCAAGCACUAUGGUGACAUUUAUUUUCAACUGUAUGUGCUUGUAACAACUGCCAACAGUCCUGACAUCAUGAUGCCAGCUUUUGACAGCAACAAGUGGUUUUCCCUGUUCUUCAUCGUGUAUGUGGUGGUCUGUCUGUACCUGUUCAUGAGCAUCAUCCUUGCUGUCAUCUACAAAAACUACAGAAAACAUCUUAAGAACGAGAUUAAGAAGUCUGUGUUCAUCAAGCGAGUGAAGCUGGAGCGUGCGUUUAACGAGCUGAAGGAAGAGGUGGGGGGGAAGUCUGUAGUUACAGAGAAGACGUGGUAUGUUCUGAUGAAGGAGGUUCUACCCAACAAGACCCAGGUCUACUACAGUCUGCUGUGGCUAGUGCUGGACAAGGAUGCCAAUGGCUACAUAGAUCAGAAGAUGUUCCUGCAGGUGGCAGACCUGCUGAACGUGGAGGUGUCAGAGAUCAGGAACCAGAAACACCUGAUAGAGAAAUAUUGGCCUCACGUCUACAACUCCUCUGUCAGCAUUGCUGUCAGACAGGUCGUCAUGCACAAGUUUUUCCGUUACUUCUUUGAUCUGGCUAUCGUGGUCAACGCCUUCUUCAUUGGGUUUAACCUGGAUGAGGCGGAGUGGUUCUUCCUGUCUGUCUUCACCUGUGAAAUCAUCCUCAAACUAUACACCUACGGCUUCAGUGAGUUCUGCCGCAGGUUCUGGAACAUAUUUGAUUUCAUUGUUAUAUCAGCAGCCUUUAUUGCCACAAUUAUUGAGGCUGCUUUGGAAGAAUUGCAAUACAGUAGGGAGACGCUAGAUGUCCUCCUUGUUCUUCGAAUCCUGCGACUCCUAAAACUUGUGGGGAGCAUUGACAGGUUCAAGAUCAUUAUUGGCACAUUGACGAACAUCGCACCUUCCAUGUUCACCUAUGGAGGAGUCCUGUUUGUGUUUUACUAUGUGUUUGCCAUCAUCGGGAUGGAAGUCUGGGGAACCAUGUUGUCUGGGGACGUCAACAUCACCUUCUGUAACAACCCAAAACUGAAUGGCUCAGAGUUCGCCAGAGAUCACUACUGUAACAACAACUUCAGUGACCUCCUCACCUCCUUUGUGCUGCUGUUUGAACUGAUGGUUGUCAACCAGUGGCAUGUGCUGACCUCGGGGUUUGUCGCCGUCACUAGUGCGUGGGCACGGCUGUACUUCGUGGCCUUUCACCUGCUGGUGGUCAUCGUGGUGCUCAAUAUAUUUCUGGCCUUCAUUCUGGAGGCGUUCAUGUUGGAGUCCUCCCUGUCCACUGGCAAGUUCUCCAAUGCUGUAGAGGAGAAGAUUAAGGAGAUGGGUCUGUGGGUCAGCAAGAAACCCCUGCAGGAACAGUUGCCAGUAGAGCACGUUCAGAUCGAGGCUCCACAGUCGGUCCUGGUGGACAACAUCGAGGUCCAGCCCGGCCCGACCCAGACUCCCGCGGACAGCGAGGCUGCGGAGGCUGCGGACGUGGUGCCGGAGAUGAAGGAGAGAAGACCUCGUGCCGACACAGGCCUGCGCUUCAGGAUCGCCAGACGAGGUACCCGGAAGACAGAGAUUCUUCUACAGAGGAUGUUUGAGAGCGAGCUGUUGCAUGAGGAAGGUCAGGAAAUGCCUGCUACUGAACAUGAGAUAGAAGAAAUGGAACCAGAAGAAAUCCGCCCUACUCCCUUAACUCUGGAUAAUGUCACAUAAGACAUUACCCAAACCCAGGCCUCUUAACUACUUAGCUAGAUGAUUUUGUAACAACUUGUUUGAGCUUAAGGGAAGUGGUAUACAUGUAUAUAUUUUUCAUUGUAUACAUACAAAGUUACUGUAAGUUACAGUAACUGUUAUUCUUUCAUCUGGAGAACCAAAAUUAGUGCUUAGGAAAUGUUUUGUUACAAACCUGUCUCCUUGUCCUUAAAACCCAAGGCAUGCCAACAGUCAAUUAUCAGUCUUUGUUAUACAAUGUCAUUGUUAGACGAAUACCUGGCCCAUUAUUUCACAGUGGAAUUCAUCCAUAGAGUAGCAGUUUUUCUUUUCCUCAGAGAAGGUUUCCUUAGGCUUGGAGUUCUUUCAUGUACUGAAACGGUUAGUUACCACAUACUUUAAUGGAUACAGCUCUACACAAAAGUAAUACAAACACUUUCACUUUUGCAUUGCUAAUUUUUAAUGUUCUCUUUACAGUGUACCUGUGCUCUACACAUGUAGAGAUUCAUAAAGUCAUAAGACUGAAGCACAAACAUGCUCAUGUAAACUUGCCAUUCUUAAGGUACCUGUACUUAAUUUCUUUAGAUAGGUUUAUUGGAAAUGUCACCACUGGCAGAUGCCAUUUGUACAGCCAUAUAUGUACGUUUCACAGGGCUUGUCAGAGUACUAGUUAUUCUGUUGUCUUUUUCAGUUAACGUUGGUAUUAUUUAAUUUCAUGUAAUCUUUGCAAUUUUAUUUAAUUUAGUUACCUAUUUUAGGUUAAUGAUCACAUUCAAUUUGACAAUGUACCUAUUUUAGGUAAAUAAUCAAAUUAUUUGUGAACUGUACAUAGCAAUAUAUGUAGAUUGAAAUGAAUUGACCUUUCCAUAUUCUAAAUGAAUUGUACAGAAAGAAUUUAGUUAGGUACAUUUUAUGCAAUUGUGGAAAUUAUAUGGAACAAUAAUAUUCCAAUGUGGAAAAUUUAUACAAGGUACAUUUUGAAUUAUUCCGUACUUCAUCACUCUGGACUUCAUGGUUUGCCUGAAGUUUUGUAUGCAGAUAUGAAAUCAGGAAUAUUUGGCAAUAAAUAACUAUCAUUGUGAUCCAAGGUA